AUGAGGUUAAUAUGUUUCUGGUGCGCCGUCAUAGCGACGGCUGCGCAAGCGCAGGAUGGGGAUUAUUACGGACCACAAACAUUCCAACAAGUUCCUAGAUCUGCCAUGUUUCAGCCACUGGAUACGCCUUGGGCUUCAUCACAGAGGACAACUGAAGUAGUAAACCCGUACCGCCCACAGCUGUUCAACCCGGCUAGCGAUGACGUGACACCACAAGGUACCACCGCGCAGUCCUGGAGACCAAACCCUCCGCCGGUUUAUGAAAAUUACAAUCGAGGCUCAGAUGGUCCACGGUCAGAAAAUUGGCGCGUUCCUUACGGCAUUUCAAAGGAACAGCAAGCGUCGAUCCUGCAUCACAAACAAUCUUUGAGCUCAGAGGGCGCUUUCCGCUUCGAAUACGCGUCUGACAACGGCCUUGCAGCUGGCGAGGUAAUAGAACCCGAUGGGUCCAGGGUCGGUGCUUAUCAGUACAAGGAUCCGAGUGGACAGCUCGUGAAGUUGAAGUACCGUGCUGGAAAGGAAGGAUUCCAAAUUCUGGAAGGCAGUCAUUUACCGAAAAGCCCCGAACCAGUAGCGCCAGCAGCUCCAACAGGUAAUUACUAUUCAGAGGCAUACGAACAACAACGCCGCCAGUACGAUUUGCAACAGCAGUACAACCAACAGCGACCGGAGCAGCAGUGGCAAAAUCAGGCUGCUGAACCUCAGCGAGGUGCGAGUGGAGCCUCCGGUGCAGCUGCUGGCGCAGGUAGUCAAUAUUUCAACCAAAAUUGGAGAUCAGAUGGUCGUGAUGAUGGACAGUAUCGAGAUAAUGAUAUAGAGGAACAAAACCGGGGACCACAUUCAUUUGGGGGCGGAUACGCAUUUGCUUUCAAAGGUUAAAUAAAA